AGGCGCAGGCGGCGCGACAGCUGAGAAGGUCCCUUUCCCGGGUGGCUGAGGAGCGAAGAUGGCGGCUGGGGAGGUGAAGUCGGUGCUCUUCGUCUGCCUGGGAAACAUUUGUCGCUCUCCAAUAGCCGAAGCAGUUUUUAGAAAGCUUGUAACUGAUGAAAAGGUUGAAAAUAAGUGGAGGAUAGACAGUGCAGCGACAUCCACCUAUGAAAUAGGAAGCCCUCCUGACUAUCGAGGACAGAAUUGCAUGAAGAAGCAUGGCAUUCCCAUGAAUCAUAUUGCCAGGCAGGUUACGAAAGAUGAUUUCCAGACCUUUGAUUAUAUACUUUGUAUGGAUGAAAGCAAUCUAAGAGAUCUGAAAAGAAAAAGCAAUCAAGUGAAAGACUGCAAGGCCAGGAUUGAACUACUUGGAACUUAUGAUCCGCAGAAACAGCUUAUCAUUGAAGAUCCAUACUAUGGGAGUGAAAAGGACUUUGAAACUGUUUAUGAGCAGUGUGUUAGAUGCUGCAAAGCAUUUCUGGAAAAGUCUCAUUAAUGCUUCAUAAUGUUACUUCUAAAAUAAAAUAAUUAGCUUCUCCUGAAAUACGUAAAAUUUACUUGAUUGGUGUAUUUAAAUUGUAAAAUCAUGCUUCAGUGGGUUCUAAACUUUUUCAGUUUAAUUUGAUACUUUAGCUUUUCUGUCAUCUAAUUAAAAAUAUAGAAAAGUUUUAAUUGGAUAGGAGUAUCAACUAUUUUGUAACACAUCAAUGUAAUAGCAAAAUAUCUAUAAUACAGAUUAAAUUUAUCUGUAAACUCUUCUAGUGCUUUCAAACACUGCAAAAGUAAGUAACAUCUUGCUCCUUCUUGUGCUUUACCAACUAAACUGAGGUCUUCUCAUUGUGCCCUAAGUGAACUAAUUUAAGUCAAAUUUCAGUGAGAGUCUGUGAGGUAAUAGUUGAUGCACUGGAGUGUCUUACUUGUAUUGUUAGACAGCCUUUGGGAAUGAAGGUAUUUCAUAUUGAGCCUUCUGGUCUAAAAGAACUGUCACCAGACAGACACUGCUCUUAUCACUGUUUCCAAGUUUAAGCAAGGAAAAACCUCUGUGUCUGUCAUCAGGAUCCUGUGAAGAUGGAUUUUGUAUGACUUUCAAUGCUCAGUUAUUUAAAGAGAGUUAUUAACAGUUAUUUUUGUUCUGGUACAUUUUUAUACUGAUUAACUCAGUUCAGAAGUAGUGUUUGAUGUUAAUAGUACUUCUCUGGCUAGUCUUCCUUUGGUUUUGUGAUCAGUUCCUAGCACACUGAUACAAGUAUAUGUAACAUAGCAUUUACUUUGAGGGCAAAACAGGUCAGCUUAAAAGUCUUAAUUGCAAAAUCUUAUCUUGUAGUAAAAUACUCAGAUCCAUGCAAAUGUUAUCAAAUGAGAGUCUGCUGUAAUCUGAGUUUCUGUAGGUGUUGGGCAAUGUUUUUACCUUUACUCAGGAGAAUGGAUAGCCCAUCAAAAGUGUUCUCUGAGAAUAUAGUUUAAUCUGAAGGCAGUCUAUCUGUAAUGUAAUACAACGUUAACAGAAGGCUAAUAAGUAGAAAAUUCUGCUCUUGGACAAAAUUGAAGGCUUUGUAAAACUUGUCUGUUUGUCUGAACAUCACAUUUCAUUUCUGCUUUGGAAAGGUGCUGAGGUAGCAGCAUAACUGAUACCAUGGUAAUUUUCCUGUUUCGGAUAAUACUAGCACUGGUAUGAACUUGCAUUACCAUAUUAUCUGUGAAAUCUGCUUUCCUGUUUGUUUAGCCUUAGUUUUGCCUCUGCCUGCCUUCUAAACUAGUAGAGUAGGCUCCUUUUUUUUUUUUUCAUCCACUCUCCUUCUAGAAGAGAGAUGCAUUUCAAUAAAGGGCCUUGUUAUUCCUGGCAAGGGAGGAAUUCUGGUGUCAGUCUGUGUGAGCUGCAGCCUGCACAGUGGAGGUUAAGUUUCCUGAGAUUCUGCCUGUGGAACAGCUGUGUUUGUAUUUAGUGAGGUUUCUGCUUUGUGCUAAAAUUUAAGUCAGGCAUAAAACUUUAAAACCUGUUAACAAAAAGACAAGUGGUAGAUGAACACCUAUAUACAUGAAUCAGGAUCUUUGUGCAUUAUUGCAUUACCAAUAGUUUUGACUUUUAAAUAACAAGCUGGAAAUUUCCAAGUAAAUAGUUGUUUCUCUAUGUGCACAAGGAGUAAAAUAUGUAUUUCAGGUCAGAUCAAGCACUUACACCAGAACAACAUUUCUAUUUCUUUUGUAAAUGCUUUGACAAAAUAAAUGAGGGAAAAUAAUGGGCAGUUAGGGUCAAACUAUCUUAAAUGUGGUUUUAUGCACUAACUUCAGAAGUGGAAGUACUUAGGAAUACUCCUAAAUGCCAAGGCGAUAUUUAGAAUAUUCCAGUGAAUAUAAACUCAGAAGAUUGAACAUGUGAUGGUUUGUGCUUUCCCAUUCAUGACUGAGUAGGAAUUCAACCUAUAGUUUUCUACAUAUUACAGUUUAAGAUUUAAAAUUUGUAAAUCUUUAUCUUCAUGCUGCUGGGGUAACAGAAAGGAAAAGACUAUGGUUGUUUUCCUUCUGUAGUCUUAGGAAUCUUUCUGUAAAGUGAUACUAAUUCAAAGGUAUUUGUGCUAAAUUCGGUUUGGAUUUUAAAAGUUUCAGCCUUGGGGUGUAUUUUCAGCAAGUAUUCUGUUGGCUAAAUAAUUCACUAGCUCUGUUAGGAGGAAACAGCUGAUUGAUUGAUUGAUUGACUGAUUGUUUUUGUACUUAGUAUGUUUCUUUUGGAGGAAGGGAAGGAGAACAUAACAGUAUUUUAAAAGAAUCUGUAGAAUACAAGAAUACAGAAGAGGAAUAGUCUUGAGGAAGGACAGUUGCACAAUACCGUUAUUUGGGUUCCAAGAGAAACAGUGAUCAUAGGAUUAAUACACAAAUUAUGUAUCAUACCAAUACACAGCUAAGCUCUUACAGCUUUGCAAUACCACUCAUUAAAAAAGAUACAGAAUUGACUUCUUCCCCCUCUGCCCACCUUGGCUUUUUUUUUUUUUCAUUUAUAUAGUAAGUUUAUACCUAAGACUAAGUAAAAAACCUCUGGUAUGGUAUAGUUGUAUUUUCUGUCAAAGCAUGCUCACUUCUGCCCAAUCAAAAAUCUGCUGUGGAAUUUGUUUAUAUUCAUGUAUUAAGUCAUUAAAUAACUUACUAUUUUCCUUUUACAAGGAAAUUUUUCUACAGAGUUUUUAGUUACCCACAUUUCAAGCAUCCACUACAAAAAGAAAGAUUUCUACUAAUUUGAACUCCCAUGUUAAAUAACAUGCUAUAAUCUGAUUUCAGUCACCAGGAAGCAGUUCUACCCAGGUGUUAGUGCAGAUGUUGAGCUUAAUGAAUCCUGUAUCUUAACUAUCAAUAUUUUGGUGUGCAUGUGUUACUUCUAUUGGGAAAUGAAUUUAGUGAUCACCAAAAGCAGCUACAAAAUAUUUACUUCUCCCUUACUUAAUAGAGCCAUACUCUAGGAUGGGACUCUGUUCUGUAUUAUUUUGUCUUUUUUCCUUUAAGGAACUAGAUUCUGAAGGUUCAUAAAUGUAUGAAUGUCAAGUAUCCCAGCUCCUAGUUAUUUCUCAGGGUGGGGAGGGGUGUGUUUUAUUUUGUGGCUUGAAUUGCAGAUAAAAUGGAAGCUAAAUUCCAGUAUUAAGAUAAAAGUACCUGAUGUUCAUCUACAAAUCACACAAAUUUUUCUGCCUGAUUGAGCCAUUUUAUUAUGACAAUUGUAUUUAAUUUAAGGAAGAAAGGGAAAUGUGUUAUCAACUUCCUGAGUAAGUGUUCGCUGACUGUAAAAAUUUUGUGAUGUUAAGAUGAUUUCUGGGACAUGUGCUAAUUAUAUUGCCUCUGUUUAACCAUUUCUCAUUAAAAAAAAUUCAAGUUUAUAAUGCUGUAGAGAAUGAAAGUAGCUUUAUUUUCUGGGCAUAUUGCAGGAGUGGAACACACAGAUCUGUCCAUCCUUACAAAUGUAUAGAGUGUCCAAAUUACUGGACUUCUCUGGGGUGGGUGUACCAUUUAUUCUUCUUCUUGUCAGCUCUUGACAAAACCAGGUUGAGGUGUGUAUCAACGAUAGUAGCUGCUGGAAGAUGGUUUGUUCAUCUGGAUUCAGUGAAAAGAAAGAAAACUGAGAACAACUUAAUACCAAACACUUUAUUACUUACGCUUCUUGUUAUUUACAGUAUCUACAUAUUGCACUUUUGCUGGAAUGUUUUAUACAUUUAUUAUAUAAAGUAAUUUAAUGGCAUUUGUGUUUGUGUACAAAAUACAUGCUCCACUGUCCUCAAAAAUAUGUCUACUUGGAAUUGUGUUCCUGUUUGUCAUGCAGUUUUGUACUUCUAGGGUACAAUGUGACCCCAAUGCAAGUCUGUUUUAACCAAACUUUUUAAAAAUUGCCUAAGCAUGAAAGGAUAUCAAGUGACCACAAGUACUGUGGAGCAGAUCUUUAGUAGUUCUAGAUAUACAAACAAACAUUCCUUAAAACUGUAGAAUUAAGCAACAGAACAUCAAUUUUCUUGGUGAAAUAUUUGUGUUUACAUAAUUUUGGCAGCAUUACACAUCAGUUGUAAAGUGUGUUCUUUAAGUACAGAGCGUUAAGUACUAUUGGCAGUUAUGCUACUGUAAAGAAUGUCAGUCUGCAAAUUGUUGACAACAUACAAAAUGCAUGUUAAGAAUUGUGGGAAGUAGUCUGUCAAUCUGCAAAAAUAAAUCUCUUGUUCACAAUGGAAUAUGUUAUAAAGGUAAUAAGUUCUGUUUCCCUGUUGAUUUCCAAGGCACUUCUCUUGGUUCUUGGUGGUUCUUUUCUUGGUAAUAUCAUCUGGUGGACUACAAGAAAAAAGAAUAUUGAUUUUCAUCAUUGUUAUACUCACAUACGUGUGUAAGAAUGUAUUUAUCAUAUUGACAAUAGUAAAUAAAACUAGAAUUCAGUACAAACUUUCAAAAGA